AUGGAAAAUACAAAAAUCCUUGAAUUUCUUGAACUUGUUGGACGAUUAAAGCAUGUAAAAAGGACAGGCUGGGUAAUAUGUGAUAUUGAUGAAUGUGAAUCAAUUGCUGGCCAUAUGUAUCGCAUGGGGAUGAUGACAUUUUUACUUACUGAAGAAAAUAAUCCUACCAAACUCGACCGUUUUAGAUGUCUGCAAAUAGCACUUGUUCAUGAUCUUGCUGAAUGUAUAGUUGGAGACUUAACACCACACUGUGGUGUAUCUCCUGAUGAGAAACAUAGAAGAGAAGAUGAAGCUAUGAAAAAAAUUGCAGAGCUCACUGGCAUUGCUGGGGAUAGAAUGUAUGAUCUUUAUAAGGAAUAUGAAAACCAGAGUUCGCCAGAAGCAAAAUUUGCAAAGGAUUUAGAUCGCUAUGACAUGAUAUUACAAGCAUUUGAAUACGAGAAACGUGAAAACGCACCGAAAAAGUUGGAGGAAUUUUUUAAAGCAACUGAAGGAAAAUUUGACCAUCCCUUCAUCCAACAAUUAGUUACUGAACUGUACCGACAACGAGAAGACUUCGAGAAAAAAAGUCCAUUAUUAAAUGGAAAUAUCUAG